AUGAGCGGAAAAGUAGUGAUAGUGACGGGCGGUAAUACCGGGAUUGGGAAGGAAUUAGUGCGAGAUUUGGCCAAAAGAAAUGCCAAAAUAAUUCUCGGCUGCCGUUCGGUCGAAAGGGGCAGAGAAGCGAUCAGUGAUGUGAUUGAGACGACAGGAAAUACCAAUAUAUACGUCAAGAGAUGUGAUGUGAGUUCACUGCAAUCCGUGCGUAUGUUUUGCGCCGAUGUUAUCGACUCCGAGGACAGACUCGAUGUGUUGGUCUGUUUCGCGGGCUCUGGCGCUCCCUUUGGCCGCCAUCUCACCGAAGACGGAGUGGAGAUGCAGUUCGCGACCAACCAUUUGGGGCACUUCCUUAUGGUUAACCAACUGCUGGAUCUGAUGAAGUGUACGCCAAACGCGCGUAUUGUCAUCACCUCGUCGUCGGCUCAUCUGUUGGGAGCCAUGGAUUUGGAGAAUAUAAUCCGAUUCGACAAAUAUGUUAACCACCCGUUCGUCGCCUAUUGUAACACAAAGUUAGCGAACAUUAUGUUUAUGAAAGAGUUGAGCGAACGGCUGGAGAACAGUGGCGUUUGUGUGAAUGCAUUACAUCCGGGAACCAUAUAUACCAAUGGUAUCCGACAUAAUAAGAUUUGGUACAUCAAACUCUUCCUCACAUUCUUGAGCUUUCUGUACAACAAGAGCCUCACAGAAGGCGCCCAAACACUCAUCUAUUUGUCGGUCUCCGAAGAAGUGGAAGGAAUUAGUGGCCAAUACUUCACGGACUGUAAGAAAGCCAAAUGCAAUCCAUUGGCGGACAACAGUUGCCUUAGAAAAGAGUUAUGGAAAGUGAGCGCACAGUUGUGUGACUCUCAACUCAAGAAAAGUCUUCUUUGA